CGGGCAGCAGAGUCUGCGGCGCUGCGGGCAGCGGGCGCGAUGUAUCUCCGCAGGGCGGUCUCCAAGACGCUGGCUCUGCCCCUGAGGGCGCCCCCCGGCCCCACGCCGCUCCGGAAGGACGCAUCUCUUCGCUGGAUGUCAUCUAACAAAUGGUUUGGAUCAUCUGGAUCAAAUAUGAUCUAUUAUCUGGUUGUAGGUGUCACUGUCAGUGCUGGUGGAUAUUAUACUUACAGGACGAUCACAUCAGAGCAAGGCAAACAAACGGAACGUGUAACAAAUUUGAAAGAAAAAAACAAAGCAGAGUUACAUCCACUUCAAGGUGAAAAAGAGAACGUGGCAGUAGCGGAGAAAGCAAGUUCAGACGUGUGUGAAGUGUCUGCCCCGGAAGUCCUGGAGGUAGAUGCGGAAGGUACUCCAGAUGUUACAGCUGCGGCGGUAGAAGAGGCUUCAGCGGGUCCCGGGGAUGUGGAGGCCACUGCCGGCGAGCCCGACGCGGUCAGUGCUAAAGUGGGGGCAGAGGCGACAGACGCCGGGCUGGGCACCACCGCAGAAGCCAGCGCCGAAGCGCCCCCGGAGGUUCAGAGUGAAGCUCUGGAUGGAGCUGUUGGCGGAAAUGAUGAUCACGAGACAGCAGACAAGGAAAGCGCUGGUGGAAAUGCUGAACGGGAAGAAAAGAGUCCUCCAGUGGAAUCAGAAUCCUCUGCUGGGGAUGAUUCACAGGAGCAAGCCAGCGUUGGUUCCGACGCCCACGCCCCGGCUCAGGGCUAAUCUCUUGCUGACAGACCCUUUGGCCAAAAAAAUGCCAUCGUGUCUGAUAGGUGCUUUUGUAGUUUCAGUCAUCAUAGCUUUAGGACAGGCUCCUUUGCUAGAAUAUUUGAAGAUUUCUGGUAUCUACUGAUAGACUUGGGGAUUGAGAGACUUUGAGAUUUUAUGGGUGUGAAUAGUUUCCUGCUCUCUGAGAUCAGAAUAUGACAUUUCAGUAAAGAGCUCACGGAGUUGCAUCUUUGUAUUUCAGUUUUAUAUCAUAGGAAUUGAGCUUUCUGUACAAUCUGCAUUCACUUUAAUUUUGCUAUACUUCUACCUUAAUAUAUGUUAAUCUAGUUCUUGAGUUUUGAUUUGAACUCAUUUAAAUAAAGUUGGAAAGUCAUUA